AUGGGUCGUAAGAAAGAAAAUGAGGAUGAUCUACCAGGGUUUGAAGCACCAACCCAAGGAGAAACGGUGAAAAAUGAUAUUACUCUUCAAAAGAAACAGAAAAAGGGAUCCGGAGGGUUCCAGUCAAUGGGCUUCAAUUUUCAUGUACUAAAAGGAAUAACGAAAAGAGGUUAUAAACAACCUACACCAAUUCAACGAAAGACAAUACCAAUCACAUUAGAAAAUAAAGAUUUAGUAGCCAUGGCGCGCACAGGAUCCGGUAAAACAGCGUGUUUUGUGUUGCCAAUACUAGAGAAACUUGUGUCACCUGUAAAUAAGCCACUUCAAGGGAAGAAUUUGCGCGCCCUUAUAUUAUCACCUACAAGAGAAUUAGCAUUGCAGACAUUAAGGUUUGUACGUGAAUUAGGCAAGUUUACUGGGCUUUCGUCGGCUGCUAUUCUCGGUGGCGAAUCUAUUGAGCAACAGUUUGGGAUUAUGAGUGGUUCUACUCCUGAUAUUGUGGUGGCAACGCCCGGUCGUUUCCUGCAUAUUUGUAUUGAGAUGAGCCUCAAACUGGAUAAUAUCAAAGUUGUAGUGUUUGAUGAAGCAGAUAGACUAUUUGAACUCGGGUUUGGUGAACAACUUAGAGAAAUUGUUGCACGUUUACCAUCCCACCGUCAAACAUUGCUAUUUUCUGCAACACUGCCAAAAAUGUUGGUGGAGUUUGCCCGUGCGGGUCUCACUGAGCCGGUGUUAGUAAGACUAGAUGUUGACUGGAAGUUACCAUCAACCUUAUGGCUCGCUUGGAUAUAUGUGAGGGCGGAGCUGAAGACGGCAGCCUUGCUGCUACUGUUGGAUAAAGUUUUAACGUCUAAUAGUCAAGCUGUUGUUUUUGCUGCCACUAAACAUCACGUGGAAUACUUGCACUUGAUAUUAAAACAAGCAGGAAUAUCAUCAACAUAUGCAUACUCAGGUUUAGAUGCAUCAGCCCGUAAGAUAGCCCUGGGGAAAUUCACAAAUAAAAGGUGUUCAGUACUUUUGGUCACUGAUGUUGCAGCCAGAGGGUUGGACUUGCCGUCGUUGGAUACAGUCAUCAAUUAUAACUUUCCAGCCAAGCCAAAACUAUUUGUGCAUAGAGUAGGGCGCAGCGCGCGCGCGGGGCGGGCGGGGCGCGCCUUCUCGCUGGUGGCGGCGGAGGACGUGGCGCAUCUCAUCGACUUGCAACUGUUCCUCGGCGCGCAGCUCGCGAUGCCGUCUGAGGUAAGCGAGUGCGGCGCGGCGUGCCCGAGCGGCGUGUGGGGCGCCAUGCCGACGGCCGCGCUCGAGUUGCGCCACCAAGACGUUAUAGCGUGGGAGAACAGUCACUCGGAAAUCGAAGACGCAGCGCGCGUGUGCGGGCGCGGCUGGCAGCAGUACAUUCGCUGGCGCGAGGCUGCCUCGGCCGAGGCGAACCGCAAGGCCAAGCUCACCACGCCGCCCACGCUGCCUCACCCCUACCUCGUGGACCCCUCGCAGAUGCAGGCGGAGGAACUCGUCGACCAGAUUAAGAACUUCCGACCGAAGGGGACGAUUCUAGAGCUGGUCAACAAGAAUGACUCACCGAUGUAUCAAGCGAUGAAGGCUAAGCGCCGCGCGCACGGGAAGAUGGUACAAAAAACCAGGGAGGGCAAGAUGCAACAGGCAGAAGGCAUUUUAGAUGAGAGAACUAAAACAAACUCGAUUGAAGAAUCUCUGAACGUUAAAGAUGCAAAGAGGAAAAAGCCGGGGCAUCGCGAUGAGAACUAUAUACCGCAUUUCGCGAGCGACCAACACACUGAAGCCGGAAUGGCGGUGAACUUUGCGGCAAGCGCGUCGUCCGCGGAGCUCGAGCUGCACGGCGACUGCGACGUGGGGCUGCGCGGCCGCCGCGCGCAGCUGCGCUGGGACCGCAAGCGCAAGAAGAUGGUACACGUCGACCCGGAUGGAGGUCGUAAGAUGAUUCGCACGGAGAGCGGCGGGCGCGUGUCGGCGUCGUUCCGCAGCGGCCGCUACGACGAGUGGCGCCGCCGCAACGCGCCGCCCGACCAGGACGAGCGUCCGCACGCCCAGGACCACACCGGCCCCAAACCUGUGUCAGAGUUCCGUCCUCGCUGGGUGAAGCACAACGAGCGCGUCGCAAAGAAGAAGGCCGAAGCCUCGACCAACGAGUUCCGCAACAAGCAGCAAAUAGUCAAGGAGCGUCUACGCCGGGAUAAGAUCAAACAGAAACUCAAAUUCAAAAUGAGUAAAAAGAAAAAGAAAUAAGUUAUAUUAUUCAAUGUGUAAUAUUAUUAUUACCAGAAGUAAAUGGUUUUCUUUA